AUGGGAGAAAUUCUAAGCCCUAAGCAGAGGCUCCCUAGGAUUCAAUCCCCAACUUCACCUUUCUUCUUAGGCUCCAAUGACGACAAGCUCGAGCGUGCUCAGGCGCGUGCUGCCCGCGCUGCCGCUAUCCGCCGCAAGCCCAUCGCCGCUCACUCUCAGCCACCGCCUUUCCAAGAUCCAGAUCUCUGCCUCGACAAGCAGCAGAUCCUCGACCUCUUCCAUAAUUGCAUCAAACUCGCCAGCGAAAAUAAAAUAAAUCAAAAAAACACAUGGGAGUUGAGUUUGAUAGACCAUCUAGCCGAGAUUAUCAAGGUAGAAGAAGAAAAUGACGCUGAGACCAAUUUUCAAAAGGCGAGUUGCACCUUAGAAGCUGGUGUUAAAAUCUACUCAUUAAGGGUUGAUUCUGUGCAUUCAGAGGCAUAUAAGGUGCUUGGUGGGAUUAAUAGAGCUGGUCUUGAAGAUGAAGCAGGUACUGUGGAGGGUGUUAAUGCUGAUAAUGGACAAGAGGAAAGCCAUUCAAAAAAAGAGACGGAGAAAAAGAUAUCACCUUUGUCCACAUUGGAACCUUCUUUCGAGGCUCUUAAUGUUAAGAAGUUUGAUGUUGCAUUUGCUGUGGAUCCACUGUAUCAUCAGACAUCUGCACAAUUUGAUGAAGGUGGAGCCAAGGGUCUUUUAUUGAACAAUCUUGGAGUGUAUGGUGGAUGUCGAGUGCUUUUCGAUUCACAAGAAGUACCAGGGAAGUGCGCAUCAUGUGAAAAUCAGCGUGAAAGGCUUGAUACAGUUGAUCUUUCUUUUGCUAGAGAUUACAUUGAACAGAUGGUAAUGAACAUGCGGACAAAGGAUGAAAUUUCACCAACUCUUAGGAAUAUAGUCAAUCAAUUUGACGAAGACAACCAACGGUCAUUAAAUUCUUUUCCAUCUCACCAGACAUCCGGUGACCAAUUUGAUAAAGAUGAUAUAACUUAUAAUAAUGGAGUCGAGUUCGAUGGUGAGACAUAUGAGAAUUGUGGGCCCUGGAAUGUAGAUCAAGAUGACCAAAGAAGUGUGAUUGAUGAGGAACCCAUUGUUGCAGAUACAACUUUUGCAAGUUAUCCUGAGGAAAAAGAGCCAUAUUUAUUUGACAACCCAGAUAUGGAUGACAGAUUUAAGGAAGUUGAUGCACAUUUGUUUUUGAGUUUGGGAUUUGCAUCGAAACGAAAUGAUUGGGCAGGUCCUGAUCAUUGGAAAUAUCGGAAAGUUAAAGAGGAUCAUUCCAUUACAGAAAAAGGAUCACCAGUAAGAACUAAGAGACCAAAGACUAAGAAGAAAGCAGAACUUGAUAUUGAUUUCACAAAAGCCUUGGAUGAAGAAAUGCCUGAUGUCUUUGCUCCUCCCAAAAAUGCAAAGUCGUUACUUCUGCCUGCAAAUAGACCACAGUGUAAUACAACAUUGCCAGAAGAUUGCCAUUAUCAGCCUGAGGAUCUUGCUAAAUUGUUCCUUCUACCUAAUUUAAUGUGCCUUGGGAAGAGAAGAAAAAUGUUUUCAGAUGACAUGAGGCAACAGUCAGAUGAUUGUGGACCACUGCCAUCAUGGGAUGGUGAAAGUGCCUUUGCUGGUCAAUUUGAUGAUGGAGAUGCCUACAGUGACGUGGAUGAACCCAGCAUCCUUGUUUCUCAGCCCCGCCAGGUAAAUAAAAUUGAAGUCCAGUAUGACAAGGCUUCUAAGCAAGUUGAUGUCCAGACACUAAAGGAAACUCUCUGGCACCAGUUACAAGAAUCUCCUCAAAUGCCUGUUCAGGAUCAAGAAGAGGCAGUGUCUUUCAAGGAUCUCUUGGCUAGGUUUCCUAGUGAUUGCGGAGCUGCUGCAACUAUCAAGGACAUUUCUCCUCAUUUGUGUUUCAUAUGCCUAUUACAUUUGGCUAAUGAACAUGGCUUGAGCAUCCGUGGUUGUGCUAGCUUAAAUGAUCUCAGCAUACAUCUCCCUCAGUAA